GCGUGCAGAAUGGCUGCAGUUACAUUGUAUCCGUAGUGCGACCCAGGAGCGCAGGGAGGAGGGGGCAGGAGCCGUCCCCUUGUUUGUUUUAGCCAUCGCUGGGGAGAAAAAGGAGAGGGAAACCAGGGAGAGGAGGGAAGGAUCACAGCGUUUAACAAGGAUUAGAGAAGCCGGAACUGGGGAAGCAUUGCAUGGCGAGAUCAGCCACUUACACGCAGGACUAGUGAGUGCUCCGUCUGCAUUAGGUGCUCUGCCAGCCCUGCAGAGAGGAGGGCCCCACAUUACAACUCCUGGGAUCAUGGCUUUACCGCUAGUGGGACUAGCAGCCUUGCUUAUUGCCCCCUGUUUAGCCUCUCUUUGCCCUGCUCCUUGCCACUGUGACGGGGAUGGAGCUGUGGACUGCUCCGGGAGAGGGCUGGUCACGGUGCCCGAGGGGGUCAGCACCUUCACCCACUCGUUGGAUAUUAGCAUGAAUAACAUCACCAAACUACCAGAGGGUGCCUUUAAAGGAUUUCCUUAUCUUGAAGAAUUGCGACUGGCGGGUAACGACCUCUCUUUCAUCCAUUCCAUGGCCUUGUCUGGCCUGAAAGAACUCCGCGUUCUGACUCUUCAAAAUAAUCAGCUGAAAACUGUCCCUAGUGACGCCUUGAAGGGGUUGGGAGCUUUACAAUCCUUGCGAUUGGACGCAAACCACAUUGUCACUGUUCCAGACGAAAGCUUUGAGGGCCUUUCACAGCUUCGGCAUCUUUGGCUGGAUGACAACAGCCUGACUGAAGUCCCUGUCCGUCCACUCAGCAAUCUUCCGUCUCUUCAGGCAUUAACGCUGGCACUGAACAAAAUCACUCAUAUACCAGAUUUGGCUUUCUCAAAUCUCUCGAGCCUGGUUGUUUUGCAUCUUCACAACAAUAAACUGAAGAGCCUGGGCCAGCACUGCUUCGAUGGCUUAGAUAAUUUGGAAACACUGGAUCUUAAUUAUAACAAUCUUGUGGACUUUCCUGAAGCCAUCAAAUCCCUGCACAAUUUAAAGGAACUGGGUUUCCAUAGCAAUUCGAUUUCUGUAAUACCCGAUGGAGCAUUUGUGAAAAAUCCACUUUUAAGAACCAUACACUUGUACGAUAAUCCCUUGUCGUUUGUUGGGAAUUCGGCAUUUCAGAAUUUAUCAGACCUGCACUUCUUAGUGAUCCGAGGAGCAAGUAAUGUUGAAACAUUUCCAAAUCUGACCGGUACCAUUAACUUAGAGAGCUUGACCUUGACAGGUACGAAGAUAAGAAAUAUUCCACUGAAGUUUUGCCAGGAACAGAAGAUGCUUCGAACCUUGGAUCUAUCCUACAAUGAAAUCUCUGAAUUACAAGGUUUCCAGGGCUGUGGUGCUUUGGAAGAAAUUUACCUUCAGCACAAUCAGAUUCAGGAAAUCUAUAAUAGGUCGUUGUUUGGUCUUACGUCCCUGCGAGUGCUUGACCUCAGCAGAAAUUUGAUCCAUAAGAUUCACAAUGAAGCCUUCACAACACUCACUUCACUGACAAAUCUAGACCUGAGUUUUAAUGGACUAUCUUCAUUUCCAACUGAAGGCUUAAACGAUUUAAACCAGUUAAAACUCACAGGAAACAUGGGUUUAAAGGAUACACUGGCAGCAAAGGAUUUAGCAAAACUCAGGUCUCUAUCUGUCCCAUAUGCUUAUCAGUGCUGUGCUUUUUCUGGCUGUGACUCAUAUUUCACCUCAACCAUUGAGGACAACAACUCAAAAUAUCAGAGCUUAGACCGUGAGAAAGGAGCCAUUGACCCAUAUGAUUUGGACCCAGAUGCUGAAGAAGAUAAGGAACAUGUUUUGAAUGUUAUUCACUGCAACCCACCCACAGGUGCUUUUAAACCAUGUGAGUAUCUACUUGGUAGCUGGAUGAUACGUAUCACUGUGUGGUUCAUCUUCCUCCUUGCAUUAAUCUUCAACCUCAUAGUCAUCAUCACAAUGUUUUCCUCUUGUUCUCCUCUUUCAUCUUCCAAACUUUUUAUUGGUUUGAUCUCUGUCUCCAACCUUUCAAUGGGUGUCUACACUGGUACUUUGACCGUGCUGGAUGCAGUGUCUUGGGGGCAGUUUGCUGACUUUGGUAUAUGGUGGGAAACCGGAAGAGGAUGCCAAGUGGCUGGAUUCCUUGCAAUCUUCUCUUCAGAGAGUGCCAUAUUUUUCCUGACCUUGGCAGCUAUUGAACGAAGUCUAGUAGCCAAGGAUAUAAUUAAGAAGGAAAAGAGCCAACAUAUAAAGAAAUUCCAUAUUGCUUCUGUUAUUGCUUUUCUUCUGGCCGUAGCUGCAGGAUGUCUGCCGUUGUUCCAUGUUGGAGAAUUCUCUGCAUCACCUCUUUGCUUACCUUUUCCUACUGGUGAAGCUCCUUCGUUGGGCUUUACUGUGACGCUUGUCCUCCUUAAUUCAUUGGCAUUCUUGGUCAUGGUUAUAACAUACACUAAACUCUACUGCACCUUAGAUAAAGAAGAACUUUCUGAAAAUGCA